ACGCACUCAGCUCUUGCUUUUACCAGUCUUUUGUCUGUUGAGUCUCACAGGCUCUCUGCGAGUUUUCUUUUCGAUUUAGUAGCUCAUUGUAAAUUGUAAUUGCAAGUGGAGCGUUUUCUUUGUUGUUCGGAUUUUUAGUCAUUUUUCAUAUUUUUCAUUUCUUUUACGUCGAUUAAGUGUUCAUUGUCUUUAAAAUGCUUUAAGAAAAAAUAAAUAAAUAAAUGAGUGAAUGCUUAUUAAGAUUAUAUAGCUUAAAAGUCAAAUGUCAAAUCUUGCUGGGAAAUGAAGUGGGAUGAAAUUUGAAUGCUGCAGCAUAUAUUGCCACUUGUCGUCACUUGUGCAUAAAGCAGACGACAGUGUGCCAAAAAAUCAUUGCAUUUAUGACUUGACAUUGACCUCAUUACGUGGAAGUUUAAGAAUUAAUUAAACGCAAAAUAUCAUAUAAAUCUUUUAGAAAAUUAAAAAAAAAAAAACGACCACACUCGCUAUCCAAUAAGCAAAAAAAUAAAUAAAAAGAAAAGACUAGUAAACAUUUGUUACAAUAAGUUUAAGUUCGUUCGAGUACAUUGAACAUAGUGAUCUCGUUAUUUAGUAUUUUCUGCGUUAAACUCACAAUGCUAUGUUUAAUUGAAUUAGACGGAAUUCACAAAAACCGUUUCAAAACGCUUAUGCUCACAUUACUGACCUUGUGUAUGCUUGCAGGACGUGGUAAUGCAAUCAAAUGCUUUAAAUGUGCGGUGACAAUAGAGAAAAUUUACUCGUACGCAAAAAACGCGACAAGUUUUACACCAUUAUGCUCCAAGUUUGAUGAAUCGGAUGAAUACAUUGUAGAGUGUCCCUAUUCCACUAUGUGUUUGAAAACGAUAUCAACUUUAUAUUUGCAAAACAAUCAGCAACAAAUGACAGCUACCCGGGGCUGCGCUCCACAAAAAGAUACUAAGCAAGUCUUUAACAAUGGUCAGUGGCAUCAGGAGCAUUCCGUCCAGGAAGUUUAUGAAGAAGGGUGUGGCCAAUUCACCGACAAUAAAAUAUCGGGCCCUGUAAAAACUCAUUGUUAUUGUCGCGGAAAUUUGUGCAACGCUUCCAAUCAUCUACACCGUGUUUCAUUCUUCAUUAUGACUGCUUCACUGAUACGCUUUUUUGUUGAAUUUUCUGAAUUUAAAAAAACCUACCAACGAACGUUUGCAUUGAAGUUAAAAUUAAGCUAAGUCGAUAUGAUGUUGCGGGUUCACGAGAAGUGCUUUUGAAAUGUUUUUUUUUUUUUUUUAUUUAGUGCAAAUUGUGAUAAAUAAACUUUGAAAGUGAAAAAUAUUAGAUAUCGAUUCGUACUUCAAAAAGCGUUUACCCAAGAGAACAGAAUACAGUUAGCUUUAAUUACGCAAGAUAGAGGCGUUUAACACAAUAUUUGAUUAAUUUGUGAUAAUUACACCGAAUUGAAUCAAAAGUCGGCAUACUCGCCUUACCGACAUCUGAAAAUGGUAAAUGUUAUCUGAAGAAAAUAAAUGAAGUAUAA